UGAUAAAAUGUUCCCAGUGUAUGGGUUUGGAGCCAGGAUACCUCCGGACUAUAAAGUAUCUCAUGAUUUUGCAAUCAACUUUAAUGAAGAUAAUCCAGAAUGUGCAGGGAUUCAAGGGGUUGUGGAAGCAUAUCAGAAUUGUCUCCCAAAGCUUCAGCUUUAUGGACCAACCAACAUUGCUCCCAUCAUCCAAAAGGUGGCUAAAUCAGCAUCAGAAGAAACAAACACGAAGGAGGCAUCGCAAUAUUUCAUCUUGUUGAUUCUGACGGAUGGGGUCAUCACAGACAUGGCUGACACACGUGAAGCCAUUGUCCAUGCCUCUCACCUCCCCAUGUCGGUCAUCAUUGUUGGAGUCGGAAAUGCUGAUUUCAGUGACAUGCAGAUGCUUGAUGGGGACGAUGGCAUCCUGCGGUCUCCCAAGGGAGAACCAGUUCUACGAGACAUUGUUCAGUUUGUGCCAUUCAGAAACUUCAAACAUGCAUCCCCAGCUGCAUUAGCAAAAAGUGUUUUGGCUGAAGUUCCAAAUCAAGUGGUUGACUAUUAUAAUGGGAAAGCAAUUAAACCAAAAUGUAUGUCAGAAUAUGAGUCUUCCAGGACACUAGCUCCAUGAACUUCCCUACAUACUUGACAGAGUCCAGAAAUAAUACUAUUUAUAACUAUUGUAUUUAAAACAAAAAUAGCACGUUUUUGUGAUUUUUAAAUAAAUCCUCCCUUUUAUUUUUGCAUGUGUAGCCUAAAGGCUUAUAAGUAAAGAUUAAGCCAUUGUAUUGUUGAAGACUUUUUAUGAAAAAACAAACAACAUUAUUACUCUUUACAUUACAGCAUGUUAUCUUGAAAUGAAAAGUUAUCUGUAUCUGUUUUUUAUACUGGUUUGUUGAAAUUUUGCUAAAUUUCUUAUUAUCUUUACACUGUAAAGCAUUUUGAAACAUUUAUCGGAAGUUGAUAGCCAGAAUAUCUUUGGGUUUAUCUGCUAUGAAAUGAAAAGUUUUUUUCAAAAUGGCAGAUGCAUGGAUUGUAUUUGCAUGUUCCAAAAUAAAAACAACACAGUUUUGCAGUUGUGUUUCUUGCUACAAAGCUGUUUGUUCAAAUGUUUUCAUAAAGAAUUCCAUUUUCAGAUUAUGACAAUUCCUAUUACCAAAAUCUCUUCAAACUUUUUCAGGAAAUUAUACUUCAGACAUGAAUCUAAGAUAUGUAUAAUAAGCAUGACAAUUACUUACAUAAGAAAUGUGGCCAUACAUAACCAAGAGUAGGAGAUAAUGUAAAAUAAAACAAGGACUAAUGCACAAUAAGAGACAACAGUUAUUGCAAUAUUAUUUAAUGGUAGUGUUUACAUAUGUUAAACCAUGAUUUACUUGGAUAAACCACAGUGAAUGAUUAAGCUUUGAACACUAGUCUAUAAAACAUACUGGCUAAUUUCACAGAAACCACUAAAUCAAGCAACCAAGCAAAUGUGCAGCUUUUAGCCAGUAGAUCUUAUUUUAUAGCAUAGAUCUAACUCUUUCUUGAAUGCCUUUGACACAGCCAGGCAUUAAAAGAAUUACUUCUUAAUAGACUUUCUAUAAAAACCUGCAAUUCCUCUUUUCUAAAAUUAUGAGGGUACUAUAUUGCAGAAAAGCUACAAAUAAGACAAACUCAGUA